AUGGGAGUUCUGCUGGCGAGGGAGGAGAUCGACAUCAACGCUCGCGAUUGGCAAGGCUGCACAACUCUCAGUCUGGCCGUCCAAUCGCGUCACAGAGACUUCACUCUCUUGUUGCUGGAGUACGGUGCCGAUCCUAACAUCAAAGACGACAAAGGCCAAGUACCAAUACAAAAGCUUUUUGACGACAAGAUCGGCGAAUACAGCAUUACCUGCAGCCGCGAAGAGGUCGAUGGCGACUCGCUAGAGGAUUAUUACCACGGUGAACGUGGUCAGGCUGGAUGGCAUUUCGUCUCGAGAAGUCGUCGCAUCGACAUCAUGAAGAGCCUGGACCAGGAAGAGAUUUUCCAAGCACUUGUACGAGAGGGCGCCGAUCUUGACACGUUGGAUAUCAAUGAUCGAAACCUACUGAUGUUGGCAUGUCUCAGGGGUAACAGCGUACUGGCCGCCAACUUGCUUUAUGCAGUUGGAGGAUAA